CAAUACAAUUGGGCGUCUCUCUUUUCUCUCUCCUAGGGUUUUCUGUUCUCUGUCUAACCGCUACUGCCGCUGUUCGCGAGAUCUUCGUUUCGAUUGAAAUUGAUCUCGCCGCAAUCGAUUUCGUUACUGAAUCUCUUGACAGAAGAUGGCAAUGGAAGUGACCCAAAUUCUCUUAAAUGCCCAAUCAGUUGAUGGGGCAGUUCGAAAGCAUGCAGAAGAAAGCUUAAAACAGUUCCAAGAUCAGAACCUCCCUGGCUUUUUGCUCUCCCUUUCUGGUGAGUUAGCAAACAACGACAAGCCUGUGGAUAGCAGGAGGCUAGCUGGAUUAGUCCUCAAGAACAGUUUAGAUGCAAAAGAGCAACACAGGAAAAAUGAGCUCAUGCAAAGAUGGAUUUCCUUGGAUGCAUCUGUGAAAGCUCAGGUCAAAGCCUGUUUGCUCCAAACCCUCACAUCACCUGUUCAUGAUGCCAGGUCUACUGCAUCGCAAGUAAUUGCUAAGAUUGCAGGCAUUGAGGUGCCUCACAAGCAGUGGCCUGAACUUGUUGGCUCUCUCUUGUCAAGCAUCCACCAGCAGCAGCCUCAUGUGAAGCAAGCUUCUCUAGAAACACUAGGUUACUUAUGUGAAGAAGUUCCUCCGCAAGCUCUUGACCAAGACCAAGUGAAUAAGAUACUGACAGCGGUCGUUCAGGGCAUGAGUGCAUCUGAAGGGAAUGUGGACGUGAGGUUGGCUGCUACACGAGCUCUUUAUAAUGCUCUGGGCUUUGUACAAGCGAACUUUUCAAAUGACAUGGAAAGAGACUAUAUUAUGCGAGUUGUUUGUGAAGCAACUCUUUCACCAGACUUGAAGAUAAGACAGGCAGCAUAUGAAUGUUUGGUCUCUGUCUCAUCCAUGUACUAUGAGAAGCUUGCUUCUUACAUGCCAGAUAUAUUCAAUAUCACGGCUAAAGCUGUGAGGGAAGAUGAGGAGCCAGUUGCCCUUCAGGCUAUAGAGUUUUGGAGCUCGAUUUGUGAUGAGGAGAUUGAUAUUUUAGAUGAUUAUGGGGGUGAAUUUACCGCCGAUUCCGAGAUUCCAUGCCAUUACUUUAUAAAGCAGGCACUCCCUGCAUUGGUUCCUAUGCUGUUGGAGACUCUCCUCAAGCAAGAAGAGGAUCAGGAUCAAGAUGAGGGGGCUUGGAAUUUAGCAAUGGCUGGUGGUACGUGCUUGGGUUUGGUUGCACGGACUGUUGGAGAUGAUAUUGUGCCCCUUGUAAUGCCUUUCAUAGAAGAGAACAUAGCAAAACCAGAUUGGAGGCAGAGAGAGGCAGCAACAUAUGCAUUUGGUUCUAUAUUGGAGGGUCCAUCACCAGACAAGCUAGCUCCAAUUGUCAAUGUGGCACUUAAUUUCAUGCUCACUGCCCUGAUGAAGGACCCAAAUAACCAUGUAAAGGACACCACUGCCUGGACACUGGGUAGAAUAUUUGAGUUUCUUCAUGGGUCGACAGUGGAAUCAACCGUGAUAACUAAUGAGAACUGUCAGCAGAUCCUAACCGUACUGCUCCAGAGCAUGAAAGAUGUCCCUAAUGUUGCUGAGAAGGCAUGUGGUGCUCUUUAUUUCCUUGCUCAGGGCUACGAGGAUGUUGGUUCAGCUUCUCCGUUGUCACCUUUCUUCCAGGACAUUAUCCAGGCUCUCCUUACUGUCACUCACAGAGAAGAUGCUGGAGAAUCACGACUUAGGACGGCAGCCUAUGAAACAUUGAAUGAAGUCGUUAGGUGUUCAACUGAAGAAACUGCUCCCAUGGUAAUGCAGUUGGUUCCUGUUAUAAUGAUGGAGCUCCACAAGACUCUUGAAGCUCAGAAGUUGUCAUCUGACGAGAGAGAGAAGCAAAGUGAAGUGCAGGGCCUUCUAUGUGGGUGCUUGCAGGUUAUUAUCCAAAAGUUGGGAUCAACUGAAACAACCAAGCAUGUCUUCUUGCAAUAUGCAGAUCAGAUGAUGGAUCUGUUCUUGAGGGUCUUCGCUUGCAGAAAUGCCACAGUGCAUGAAGAGGCUAUGCUUGCUAUUGGGGCCCUUGCCUAUGCUACUGGAGCAAACUUUGUAAAAUACAUGCAGGGAUUCUAUCCCUACUUGGAAAUGGGUCUUCAAAAUUUUGAAGAGUACCAAGUCUGCGCUAUAACUGUUGGAGUUGUAGGAGACUUGUGCAGGGCAUUGGAGGACAAGAUCCUCCCUUUUUGUGAUGGGAUUAUGACGCAGCUCCUGAAGGAUUUAUCUAGUACUCAGAUGCACCGAUCAGUGAAACCACCGAUAUUCUCAUGCUUUGGUGACAUUGCUUUAGCAAUCGGAGAAAACUUUGAGAAAUACUUGGCGUAUGCAAUGCCAAUGCUCCAGAGUGCUGCAGAGCUGUCUGCCAAUGCGGCAGCAAAUGAUAUUGAUAUGAUUGAGUACACCAACCAACUACGGAAUGGGAUCCUGGAAGCAUACUCUGGUACAUUCCAGGGUUUCAAGAACUCUGCAAAAACCCAGCUCCUGAUGUCCUAUGCACCUCACAUCCUUCAGUUCUUGGAUAGCCUAUAUACUGUCAAGGACAUGGAUGAUGUGGUAACAAAAACUGCAAUCGGUGUGCUUGGAGAUCUGGCUGAUACUCUUGGUAGUAAUGCCGGCACUUUGAUCCAGCAGUCAGUUUCAUGCAAAGAGUUCCUGGAAGAGUGCUUGUCAUCAGAUGAUCAUUUGAUUAAGGAAUCGGCUGAUUGGGCUAGAUUAGCAGUGACUCGGGCUAUAUCUGGCUGAUAUGCUUCUCUUAUGCUCUGGUAUAUAGUGAGUCUUGCAUUCAUUUGGGUCGUCCUGAGUCGAGUCAAAAGUUGGGAUUUUGCAUUUUUUGAGCAUCUGUUGGUCGGUGAGAUGGGGUUAUUGCUAACUUUGUGUCAGCACACCGGAGUCUGUUGAGAAGUGGGUCUGUGCUGGCCCGUGCACUGCCUCUACUAACCUUAAAGAAGGUUUGCUUCUCACCUUCAAGAAAAGGCCAUUGAUCUGUGGCCUUCUGAUCAAUUCAAAGCGUCAGCCAGUCUCUAGCCUAUGCAAGUCAUCGACAAUCUUUGAAAGGUUGGUUGUUUUGGAUCUGUGUUUUCCAAAAGCAACACUGGGCUCGAUAGAUUUUCCUCGGGGAAGUUCAUUCAGGUCCUUGUCCACCUCAUCAUCGCAGGACCGGCCGGUGCUACUCGUGAUGCCCUAUAAUUAUCUCUUUUUUUCUUUUUAUAAAAAUUUGGAAAUUUGUAAUGUCCUUGCAUUUUUUUUUCUGGGUCAAGGGUUAUAUGUUUGUACUUCUAAAUUUCAACACAGAAGGAACUACUGUAAGGUGCUUAUAUGUAUGCGUUUUGCUCCUAUGUAAUCAGGUUUUGUUUUCUGGCCUGAGAGUCAGUAUAUUUAUCAUAAUUUUCAUUCUGCUUAUUUGAUGAUUA